GGCUGGGCUCAGCGGCCGCCCUGGAGUGAGCGAAGCCCAGCCAGCCGAAGGGGAUCCCCGAAGUCCGCCGCGAUGGACGCGGUCCUGGACCCCUUCCCAGCUGACAGGCUGUUCCCCGGGUCCAGCUUCCUGGACUUGGGGGACCUGAACGAGUCGGAUUUCCUCAACAAUGCGCACUUUCCAGAGCACCUGGACCACUUCGUGGAAAACAUGGAGGAUUUCUCAAAUGACCUGUUCAGCAGUUUCUUUGAUGACCCUGUGCUGGGUGAGAAGAGCCCUCUGCUGGACAUGGAACUGGACUCCCCCACGCCAGGCAUCCAGGCGGAGCACAGCUACUCCCUGAGCGGGGAUUCUGCGCCUCAGAGCCCCCUAGUGCCCGUUAAGAUGGAGGACACCACCCAUGACGUGGAGCAUGGUGCUUGGGCACUGGGUCACAAACUGGCAAUCAUGGUGAAACAGGAGCAGAACCCAGAGCUGCCUAUGGACCCUCUGGCCGCCUCCUCAGCCAUGGCUGCUGCUGCUAUGACCACCACCCCUCUGCUGGGCCUCAGCCCCUUGUCCAGGCUGCCCAUCCCCCACCAGGCUCCAGGAGACAUGGCUCAACUGCCAGUGAUCAAAGCAGAGCCCCAGGAGGUGAACCAGUUCCUUAAAGUGACACCAGAAGACCUGGUACAGAUGCCUCCGACGCCCCCCAGCAGCCACGGCAGUGACAGCGAUGGCUCCCAGAGUCCCCGCUCUCUGCCCCCCUCCAGCCCUGUCCGGCCCAUGGCCCGCUCCUCCACGGCCAUCUCCACCUCCCCGCUCCUCACUGCCCCUCAUAAAUUGCAGGGGACCUCGGGGCCACUGCUCCUGACCGAGGAGGAGAAGCGGACCCUGAUCGCCGAGGGCUACCCCAUCCCCACCAAGCUGCCCCUCACCAAAGCAGAGGAGAAGGCCUUGAAGAGAGUCCGGAGGAAAAUCAAGAACAAGAUUUCUGCCCAGGAAAGCCGGCGUAAGAAGAAAGAGUACGUGGAAUGUCUAGAAAAGAAGGUGGAGACAUUUACAUCAGAAAACAAUGAGCUGUGGAAGAAAGUGGAGACGCUGGAGAAUGCCAACAGGACCCUGCUCCAGCAGCUGCAGAAACUCCAGACUCUGGUCACCAGCAAGAUCUCCAGACCUUACAAGAUGGCUGCCACCCAGACUGGAACCUGCCUCAUGGUGGCAGCUCUGUGCUUCGUUUUGGUGUUGGGCUCCCUUGUGCCUUGCCUUCCUGAGUUCUCCUCUGGCUCACAGACUGUGAAGGAAGACCCCAUUGCCACUGACAGUGUCUACACAGCCAGUCAGAUGCCCUCCCGAAACCUCCUGUUCUAUGACGAUGGGGUGGGCUCCUGGGAAGAAGGCCAUGGAGCCCUGCUGCCUGUGGAACCCCCAGAAGGCUGGGAGAUCAAGCCAGGGGAGCCAGCAGAGCAGCGGCCCGAGGACCACCUGCAGCAUGACCACCCGGACAGCACCCACGAGACCACAAAGUACCUGAGUGAGGCCUGGCCAAAGGACAGCGGCAAUGGCACCAGUCCCAACUUCUCCCACACCAAGGAGUGGUUCCAAGACAGGGAUCUGGGCCCCAACACCACCAUCAAACUCUCCUAGGCUGAUCCAAGACUCAGGACACAGGACGGACCCCUUGGCUCCCAGAAGAGGCGUUCUCUGGCUCACUGACCCCAAUCCAGCUUGUACCCCUGCCCUGGGGCUUCCUACUCCAGGAGAAGGGCUCUGCUUCUCCCCAACCCUCCCCAGCCCAUAUGGCGGCUGGGGCCUCUAUGUGCCCCCAGUAUUUGGACUGUUCCCUUGGGCUAACCACUCUGUUCUCCCCUCCUCCCUCCCACAACCAUCCGUCCUCAGAUAAACCACUCACUGGUACCCUCCCUCCCAUUAAACUCCCACCACCACAGCCCCCUGCUCCUCCUCAUACACACACACACACACACACACACACACGCACACAUGCACACACCCCAUCCCACCUCCCACUGUACAGAGACCAAGAACAGAAAUUGUUUGUAAAUAAUGAACCUUAUUUUUUAUUAUUGCCAACCCCCUAAGAUAUUGUAUUUUACAAAUCUUCUUCCCACCGUCUCCUUCCCUUGUUUUAUAUUUUACAAAGUCAGUGCGGGCUUUGCUCUUCCCUGGCCUGGCACAGAGGGCAUCACCCCUACACACAUACACACACAGACCCUCUCCUGGCCUUUCCUGCCACUGCUGCCCAAGUUGCUGGGCCUUUUUAAUUGCCAGACCGCUCCCUUCCACUAGCUCAGCACAUGCUUUAAGAAGGCAA